AUGUCCUCUGUAACAUCAGCUACCGAAGAAGCUGAAUCCAGCCAACAGAGGUCAGCCCAAUCCAGCGACUGGACUGAAGAUACUAGCGACACACUGUCAGAAUACAAUGAUCGGAUACGAUUCAACGGUGAUGGACUCAAUACAGGGGUCCGGGUGCUAGGUGAUGGCCGGCUCGAUAUUCGCAUCAAAGAGCAUAGACCAAACCUAGCUGGACUGCUGAAUCGACUGCAGGCCACCCCAAUGCAAUCAGAAUGUGAUCAAGCGAAAGAUACAGCUAGCACCUGCAGUCGUGCUGUACGAGAUGGGAAAAACUUCCCACUGGUCAUGAACGUCGUCAUCCAAGUCAUAGGUUCACGUGGAGAUAUCCAGCCGUUCGUCGCACUGGGCAAGGAACUCAAAGCACACGGACACCGUGUGCGACUGGCAACUCACUUCGCAUUCCGCGAGUUCGUUCUCGAAGGCGGACUAGAGUUUUUCAACAUCGGCGGAGACCCAGCUGAGCUCAUGGCGUUUAUGGUCAAGAACCCUGGUCUACUUCCGGGCCUUAAAACAAUUCGGAGUGGUGCGAUUCAAAAGCGACGACGGGAGAUGAAGGAAAUAAUUCACGGAUGCUGGAGAUCGUGCUAUGAAAUGGGUGAUGGGACUGACUUGCAUCAGAUCAAAAAUGAUCUUUGGGGUGAUACGACGGACUACCGCCGACGGCCUUUUGUGGCUGAUGCGAUUAUUGCCAAUCCGCCCAGUCUAGCACAUAUUCACUGUGCGCAGAGGCUUGGAGUACCACUCCAUAUCAUGUUUACCAUGCCAUGGUCACCCACACAGUCCUUUCCCCACCCUCUGGCUAUCCUCCACCAGCAGAACUGCAAGCCGACCGUCGCCAACUUUGUCUCUUAUGCUGUCGUUGAUAUGAUGGUAUGGGAGGGACUCGGUGAUUUAGUAAAUACCUUCCGGAAGAAAAGCUUGGCUCUCGAUGCGCUGGACCACAUCACCGCGCCGAGCUUAAUUCACAGACUGCAAAUACCUUGCUCAUAUCUUUGGUCGCCAGCAGUAUUACCCAAACCAAUCGAUUGGGGCGAAAAUAUCGAUAUCUGUGGAUUUAGUUUCCUCCCAUCAGAGUCCGACUAUAAACCCACAGCCGAGAUUGACGCAUUUCUUAAAGCAGGACCAACACCAAUAUACGUUGGUUUCGGUUCCAUUGUGGUGGACGACCAGACCAAAUUAACUAAAAUGAUAUUCGAGGCCGUGAAGAUGUCAGGGCAACGGGCAAUUAUCUCAAAAGGCUGGGGAAAUCUCGGCGUCGAUGAAGUGGACAUUCCCGAAAACAUUCUCCUCAUCGGCAGCUGUCCCCACGACUGGCUAUUCCGACACGUUUCAUGCGUGAUUCACCACGGCGGCGCAGGCACAACUGCCGCCGGACUCGCACUCGCACGUCCAACUAUCAUCAUACCGUUCUUUGGAGACCAGGAGUUCUGGGGAGGGAUUGUUGCACGUGCCGGGGCUGGGCCACGUCCGAUUCCGCACAAACACCUCACGGCGGACAAAUUGAAAGAUGCGAUUGAGAUGGCGCUGAAGGAAGAGACCCAAGUCAAGGCACAGGCUAUAGCACAGAAGAUGAAACAGGAAAAUGGGGUGCGCGAUGGAGUUCGGAGUUUUCACCGCCAAUUGAACUUGAGGUCAUUGCGGUGUUGUGUAUGCCCCAUUCAUCCCGCAGUGUGGCAUCUGAAACGCACACAAUUGGGAUUUAGCGCAUUCGCAGCCGCCGUUCUGGUAGAGAUGGGGAGAUUAAAACCCGAAGAUCUGGUGCUGAGCCGGGCCAUGGAAUACGAUACAUACAGGGAUCCCAUCGGUCCACUCAGCGCUUCCGCCCAAGUUCUGUUUGGGGCGAUCUCCGGUUUCGUCACGGGACUGGCAGAUGUACCAGUAGAUGUGAUGCAAGACCUCGUUUCAGCCGGUCGAGCGAUAGGACAUGCCCAUACGAAGCCCAAGUUCAAAAGAAAAUGGGACCAAAGACCUCAAAAUGAAGAUGAGCUUGCCAGUGAUCCGUCUUCUUCGGACCAUGCAGUGGCUGAAGCCCACCAAGAGCAGAACCAGCUUCCUGACUCGAGCGAUGAAGGGGCGGAAGUGGCAGACGAUCAUGAAGAUGAUGGCAUGAUGGAAGAUUGGGAUAACCAAUUCGGCGAGGACGCUCUAUUUCCCGAAUCCGAGCUCGAAAGAAACCAUAGUCUGGAGUUGGAGAAGACACAAACCAUGGGUGAACAAAUUGCAAUUGCGCAAGCGAACAGUAGUCUCCGUGAGGCUGCGAAUCAUGGGCGAAGAAUGUCUAUGAAGUUUGUUAACCUUAUUAUAUGGCUUCCCACCGAUGUGUCGCUCAGUCUUUCUAAGGGCUUUCACAAUGCGCCGAAGCUGUACCAUGAUCCGAUGGUGAGAUCUACACCAAAGGUUAAGGGGCUUCGCAGUGGCCUGAGGGCAGCUGGAACGGAAUUCCGCUACGGGUGGUACGACGGCCUCACAGGUUUAGUCACUCAGCCUCAACAUGGCUACAGAGACCAUGGCGCAAAGGGGAUGUUUAAAGGCAUCGGAAAGGGUAUCGGUGGAGUUUUCCUGAAGCCCCCAGCAGCCUUGUGGGGACUGGCUGGCUACCCUCUGACUGGUCUACGACGAAGGCUUCUAAAGUCACUCGGCAAGAACCAAGAAUGUCAGAUCAUCCUAUCUCGCAUCGCCCAAGGACACGAAGAUAUGCGUGCAUCAACCCCAGAACAAAGGGCGCGUGUGGUCAGGAAGUGGGAUAAGAUCGAAGCAAGCCUUAUGAAGAAUAAGGAUUACAGUGGACAUUGCCCUACCCAACGGGUACAUUAG